UAGACCUUUAAACACUAGUGAACAACGGGCAUUAUAACUGGCCCUAGAACGGUGUAGAUUUUAUGUAUGUAUUUCACUGGGCGCAAAACGUGAGUGGUGAUCCCAGUGUACGUAGAGAUUACAUUUAAACUUUGUGCGAGUUAUUUUAAAGUAUCGACCAUAGUUCAUUUUAUCUCUAUGGUUCAAGAUUUCUUAAGAACUGGACCUGAUUCAGUGGCAACUUUUCUCGUGUGAAGUGAGGCUGUGAACAAGAUUUGAUUUAUUUUUACAUUAAGUAUAUUAGUUCAAAAUCAACAUGGUUAAUGGAAAGAAAAUAAUCCAACUUACUGACAACCUGACUACAAAGGAUAGAGCGAUUGUGUUUCUAUCCGAAUUGGCUGCAACGGCUAUUUUAGUGUUUUUAGGAUGCAUGGGAUGUGUCACUGCCAUAGCUGGAGGCUCUAUUCCUCAUGAACAAAUAUCUCUGACUUUCGGUUUAGCUGUGAUGGUUUCAGUGCAGGUAUUUGGACAUAUAUCUGGAUCUCACAUAAAUCCACUAGUAACAGUAGCUGCAGUAACUUUAGGAAAUACUUCAUUAAUACAAUUGCCAGUUUAUUUUGUGGGGCAGUUGAUAGGUGCACUUCUUGGAUUUGGUAUACUUACGGCAGUAACACCUUCUGAAAUGAUGGGUAACGUACAAAAUUCCACGUACAAGACUUUGGGAGUAUGUUCUCCAAACAUUAACCCAGAUAUCUCAGUAGGGCAAGGAUUUCUUGUUGAAUUUAUGAUAUCUUUCAUAUUAGCCCUUGUGUGUUGUGGAGUAUGGGAUGCCAAAAAUAGUGAUAAACAUGAUUCUGUUGCAAUACGCUUUGGUUUAGCUAUUGCUGUACUAGCAAUGGCAGCAGGUCCUUAUACAGGAGCCAACAUGAAUCCUGUAAGAAGUUUUGCUCCGGCCUUAUUUAAUGGAGACUGGAAUAAUCAUUGGGUGUACUGGAUUGCUCCACUAACUGGAAGUUUUAUAGCUGCUCUAUUCUACAGGUUAGCAUUCACUAAAAAGGUUCCAUCCUCAAAUGAGACUAUACCAGAAGGACAACCUUUAAAUGAAAAACCUUAAAAAGAAACAAAUACUCGUAUAUUAUAAAUAAUCAUACACGUUACCUUUCAUUUUAUUAUUUUAUAAUGUAUUUUUAAU